CGAACAUCGAGCUCGAACGUCAAGAAAGGGUAUCAAUCGCUCGCCCCCGCCACUCCGCAGUGUCGUCCUUCUUUCUUUUCUGUUAAUUCGACGAGAGGACACGAUGCUGAGGCAAUCUCUGGCACGUUCGGCUCUGCGGACGAGCAAGCAGAGCUGCAAUGCCUCCCGAACAUUCGCAACAUCGAGUAGACGACAAGCGGAGGUCCAGCUUACUGUUGAUGGCAAGCAGGUUUCAAUAGAAGCUGGUUCUGCUUUAAUUCAAGCUUGCGAAAAGGCCGGAGUGACUAUUCCUAGAUAUUGCUAUCAUGAAAAACUUAUGAUUGCUGGAAAUUGUCGUAUGUGCUUGGUAGAGGUCGAGAGAGCACCGAAGCCAGUGGCAUCAUGCGCCUGGCCAGUACAACCAGGAAUGGUCGUCAAGACCAAUUCGCCCCUCACACACAAAGCCCGAGAAGGUGUCAUGGAGUUUCUGCUAGCAAACCACCCACUCGACUGUCCCAUUUGUGAUCAGGGUGGAGAGUGUGAUCUUCAAGAUCAAUCGAUGCGAUAUGGAGCUGACAGAGGACGAUUUCACGAGAUUGGUGGUAAGCGUGCUACCGAAGACAAGAACAUCGGACCUCUAAUCAAGACUUCGAUGAACCGAUGUAUCCACUGCACAAGGUGUAUUCGAUUCGCCAACGACGUUGCUGGCGCACCGGAGUUGGGCUCUACGGGACGAGGAAACGAUAUGCAGAUUGGCACAUACCUCGAGAAGAACUUGGACUCUGAGAUGUCUGGCAAUGUCAUCGAUUUGUGCCCUGUUGGAGCCCUCACCUCCAAACCAUACGCCUUCCGAGCUCGACCUUGGGAGCUCAAGCAUUCCGAAUCUAUCGAUGUCCUCGACGGUUUAGGUUCAAACAUCCGGGUGGAUUCGAGAGGUCUCGAAGUGAUGCGAAUUCUCCCAAGAUUGAACGACGACGUCAAUGAGGAGUGGAUCAACGACAAGACACGAUUUGCAUGCGAUGGUCUCAAGACGCAAAGACUUACUACACCUCUGAUUCGAAAAGAUGACAAAUUCUUCCCCGCUACCUGGGAACAAGCUUUGACUGAGAUUGGUGCUGCAUACAAGGACUUCGCACCAAAGGGCAACGAAUUUAAGGCUAUUGCUGGAGAGCUGAUUGAGGUUGAGUCAAUGGUUGCUAUGAAAGAUUUGGCCAACAAGCUUGGUUCCGAGAACUUAGCUCUUGAUCAACCUUCCGGCAACGGACCAAUUGCUCACGGUAUUGACGUUCGAUCAAAUUACUUGUUCAACUCCAAGAUCUGGGGCGUUGAGGAGGCUGAUGCCAUUCUAAUUGUUGGCACCAACCCACGACACGAAGCUGCCGGAUUGAAUGCCCGUAUCCGAAAACAAUGGAUGCGAUCUGACCUUGAGAUUGGCGUCGUUGGUGAGACUUGGAAGUCAACUUUCGAGUUUGAGCACUUGGGUACCGAUGCUGCAGCUCUCAAGAAGGCUCUCGCUGGUCCAUUCGGCAAGAAGCUACAAGCUGCCAAGAGACCCAUGAUCAUCGUUGGCUCAGGCGUUACAGAUCAUGCUGAUGCCAAGGCCAUCUACGAAAUGAUUGGUGCCUUCGUUGAGAAGAACGCUGCAAACUUCUUGACCGAAGAGUGGAAUGGUUAUAAUGUCCUCCAACGUGCUGCAUCGAGAGCGGGUGCUUACGAAGUUGGAUUCACUACACCAUCUACCGCCGUCGCGGAAACAAAGCCCAAGUUUGUUUGGCUCCUCGGUGCUGAUGAGUUUUCCGCUGCGGACAUUCCUAAAGAUGCUUUCGUCGUAUACCAAGGUCAUCACGGAGACCGAGGUGCUCAGAUUGCCGAUGUCGUUCUCCCCGGCGCUGCCUAUACCGAGAAGGCUGGCACGUACGUUAAUACAGAAGGACGAGUACAAAUGGCAAGAGCGGCAGUCUCAUUGCCAGGCGCUUCACGAACUGACUGGAAGAUAAUUCGAGCUGUCAGCGAGUUCCUCGGCUCUCCUCUCCCCUAUGACGAUGUUGCAGCUCUCCGUGACCGUAUGGUUGAGAUCAGCCCUGCCUUGGCCAGCUACGAUAUCGUUGAGCCGGUAGCAUUGAAGCACUUAAGCAAAGUACAAUUGGUGGACCAGAACAAGGGAAGCAAGCCGAGCAAUGAACCAUUAAAGAAGAUCGUCGAGAACUUUUACUUCACAGAUGUUAUUUCAAGAAGUUCCCCAACGAUGGCCAGAUGUUCAGCUGCCAAGGAGACUGGCAACCCAGAGACCAACUUCAUGGCCAGUGGAUAUUCUUCUGAGAAGCCUCACGGUCAGAUUGCUUACGGGUCGUGAUCUUGUAUUUUGAGUUUCCUUGUCUUGCUGCAUGAGGUGUUGGUCGUGUAUAUAUGGGUAGUAGUACAAUACAAAGAAUGCAAAAAUAAGAUGAGAGGCUAGCUUUUGAUCAAC